AUGGCGAAUGAGAAAAUUUCUGUUGUGGAUGGCAUCAAGAAAACGAAUAUACCUUAUGGUCGUUUGGGUAGUAGUGGAUUACAAGUGAGCCGUAUUUGUUUAGGUAUGAUGACAUUCGGUGAUACAAAAUGGCGAGAGUGGAUUCUAAACGAAGAACAAUCGAGACCAAUUAUAAAACGAGCACUUGAAUUGGGAAUUUAUUUUUUUGAUACAGCUGAUGUGUAUUCAUUUAGUGUAUGUGAAGAGAUAACUGAACGUGCAUUAAAUGAUUUUGCUAUUCGCGAAGAAAUUGUUGUGGCAACAAAAGUAUUUCGCACCAUGUCCGAUGGACCAAAUCAGAAAGUCUUAAGUAGAAAACAUAUAUUCGAUGCUUGUGACGCGAGUUUAAAACGUUUGAACAUGGAUUACAUUGAUUUAUAUCAAAUUCAUCGUUGGGAUUACGAAACACCGAUUGAAGAAACAAUGGAAGCUCUUCAUGA